AUGGCACUUUGGCAGGUGGAGAAGUCUGCCAUCACCACUGCUGUCGACUGUACCUGCGCCACAGGUCAGUCGUACAGCAUGACCCUUUUUCCUGGCUCGUCGACCGUCGACACCUUCUGCAUGCCCUACGCUUCCUGUCCGCGCGGCAUGACUACUUCUGUUCACACAGAUAGCUUCUGCGCUACCGCGCCGGCGGGUGCAUGCGCGAAUGCUGCCGAGAAGACGCAGUAUUGUGCUUGUGCGGAUCCGACUCAGAGACCUGAGUACCCCGAUGGCCCGGAUGCUGCUCCGACGGCGUGUGCAUGA